UCACACUAUGAUGGAUGAUGGCUCAGGCAUGUUCAGACAGAUCCAGGUGGUCCAGGUCCAGCCGGAGAGCAGGGUUCAGGAGGUAGGGCAAUGGAGCACAGGCCUGUGUGAGUGUUGGAAAGACAUGGGUGACUGUUGUUUUGCUCUGUGCUGCCUCCCGGUGUUCACCUGUAAGGUGACCAAUGCAGUUGGCGCGUGUCCCUGCCUGCCUCUGCUGGACUGUAUUGGCUGUGUCCCCCCAGCAUCUCUCGCCAUGAGGGCUUCCGUCAGGGAGCGAUACGGUAUACAGCUAAGAGAUUUUCCGUCGCAGUACAUUUUGCAUUCAGGCAGCGUGUGGAGCGACUGCCUGUAUGGAUGCUGCUGCUAUCCUCUAUCUUGGCUCCAGAUCUCCAGAGAGCUGAAGAGAAGAGCUGCAGCCCACGCCUCCUCCGCAGUCACAUACACUGCUCUCACCUCCCUGCAGGGGGCGCACUUGGUUUAAACAUUAACCAUCUUUUGUUUCUUUUAUGCUGUUUUUAACUUGACUUCUGUAGUUAUAUGUUAUAUAUAGUUAUAAGCUACUGAUAUCUUUCACACCACAUCAUUUCCAGAUCAUCAUUUCUGAAUAAAUAAAUGAAAAUAAUCCAAAAAUGUGACAAACUGAUGGGAGUACUGAUGAAAUCACCGUACUAGAAUUCGACAACCUUUGUGUGUUUGUGGGAAAACGUCCACCAGAUUUGCUGUAUGUAUGUAGAUCGAUCUCGGAAUUGUCCUUAAGGGGAUUAUUUUGGCAAAGGUGAAGGUCAUUGGGGUCAAAGCUCAAAAUCAUGAUUGUUCACUCUAAAUUUGGCAUGAUUUUGUCAGAGGGUUCUGUAAUAGCCAACAUCGAAUUCACCAAACAUCAGUCUUUGGAUCAAACUUGGCACACAUUGGAAAUCACAAAAAAGAGUCCUAAAAAUAUAAUUCUUACUCUGGAAUUUGGCCUCAGAUAUGCCCAGAUUUGCUCCUAGAAUGUCCUGUUUUAUAAAAUUAGGCAGCCCCCCUCCACACCUUCUCCACAUAACACCGUAGGUGGCAUCAUGGCCCUUUGGACCAUUCCAGCUUUUUCCAGCACGGCUCUGUUGGCACUCCUGAAGUAGUCAGGGAAAAAAAAAGUCUCUUGUUUAUUCCUGUUUAAAAUGCGUGUCAUGCCACAAGACGGAACUUUGUUUAGAAUACAAAACUGUUGAGCAUCUUCUGGGUUUGCCAGCUCACUGGGACUAUAAUGAGGGGAGCCACCUAACUAGGACCUAAAACUAAUGUGGGUAACUGCAACGCAAAAUUCAACCCAAAAAUCAGACCCAAUACUGGGAUCAUAAUGCCCAGAGCUCAUACAAAAUAUUUGGAAUCAAUAACUAACCAGUAAGUUAGGUUUGGUGCAGCAGGUCAGUGGAGAACAUUUCAAAUACAUUUCAUAGCAAUUACAGCUAGAGAUCUGUGAUCAAGCUCACAAAAUAAUCAAAUGAAACCUUGUCUUGUAUUUGGAACUGGAAGAGGACUCUUUAGUUACUCUACUAGACCAGUGUUGCCAUACAUGCUGUUAAAAUUUAUUUUUCCUCUAAGACCUCUGCAUCAUUAUCUGGAUCUAGACCAAAGCACACCCACAGAUCAGCAAUCAAGGAAAUCCUGAACACUCACCUUUGAUCCUGACUGUAACCUCAAUCCUGAACUUUCAUUGUGAUUGCUGACCUGUGAUCCUGAUCUUUGUUAUAGGUAACUCUGAUUUAUCCUGAUCACUGAUCCACAUCACUUAUCUUAGAGCCUGGCCUGUCAAUCCAAUCAAUCAAUCAAUCAAACUUUAUUUACAGAGCACAAAGUGCUUUACAUCAUUAAUCAAACUCAUAUAGAGACACCCCUACACAUUCACACAAACACACACACACACACACACACACACACACCUGAAAACACACCCACUUAAAAGUUUGCUUAAAAAGGUAGGUCUUGACUUCAGUCUUCAAAAUGUCAACACUCUCCUAAUAGCUGAAGUUACAUCCUGAUCUUUGAUCCGGAUCACUCAUCUUUGAUUUUAACAUUUGAUUCUGAUUCCUUAAGUAAGCUCCUGAUUGCUGAGUGCCUGGAUCCAAAACUUGCAAUCAACGGCUGGAUCUCUGGUCUCAAACUGUGAUCCUUAUUGCAAACCUUUGAUCCUGAUCACUACUUUUUGAGCUCGAACUGUGAUCCUGAUGACUGCACUUACAUCCUGAUCUUUGAUUGGAACUGUGAUCUGAUUACUGACCUUUCACCCCGAUCCCUCAACUUUGAUCUUAAUAUUUGAUUCUGAUUUCUGAACUAAGAACCUGAUUGCUGAGUGGUUUGAUCUUGUAAUCAAAAUCAGAGGAACUAGGAUCAAAUAAGAAAAUCAGAGAAACCAGAUCAAAAAACUACAAUGUAAGAUCAAACGAAUGUGGACCAAAGACCUCGAUGCUAGAUCUUUGAUCCAGAACUGUGAUCCUGAUCACUGACCUUUAAUCCUUAUCACACAUUAAGAUUAGGAUCAACCCAUUCUUUCAUUCUAAUUGCUGUAUGCCUUGAUCUUGUAGUAAGAUCAAAGGAAGCAGGAACAGGGGCUUAAAAAAAUUCACGGAUCCAAAAAUUUGAGGGUCCAACCGAUACACACACAAAAUUUUAGAAAUGAAAGCCUCCUUGCUGUAGCACUGACACUGAACAGGCCCCGAUGUUUUCCGGACAUGCAUACAAGGAAACUCAAUAGUUGAACCUGGUUUGUGUGAAAUUUUUUGGAGGAUGUGUUUUGAGCGAGUGUAAACAGCUGUCACUAAGUGACAGCUUUCAUGGCACGUACACUAUCACGGCAUCAGUUAUUAGGAGUCAAACAAUUGGAGGAAGGAAAGAACAAGCGGCUGUUUGGGACUUUUGUAUUCAACGUUGUACUGAUACAAUAACUUGAGAAUGAUUCCCUUGAGGGGAAAAAAGUAAUAAGGAAUUUAAUUUUCAGUCAGUUCUUAUUUGAGGGAUCGACUUAGCAACACAUGUAUCUGUCAACUGCUUCUGAUGGCUGUUGGUUCAAAACACAACAGCAUCUGUGGCUGGAGAUGAUUUAAAAGUUAAGAGAGGUUCACUGUCUGUAGAUCUGCAGGAGUUUUCAUUACUCAUCCCGUCUACUGUCCACAAACUGACUUUCUGUGCCCUAAAACUACAACGUACUACUUUCUGAUGUUAAAUUCCCUGCUGCCUUGUUAAACCUUUUCCAUGAGGCACAUUAGGAGGCACAUAAGUUCAAAGUGUUCCCACAGUUCCUGCAGGAGGGUCUGUGACAUUCUUGAUGAAUUUUUGUUGCCGUUUGUUGACCGUUGUUGCAAACACAUGAGAAUCGAUUUGGCACGAGUGUUCGCUCAGGUUUGCGCAGAAUAAGUCCACAGAGGCAGAGGAGAGGAGGGAAAGGCUGCUGCUCGCUGAUAUGACUGCUGAACAGCGACUCCUCCUGUUAUUCUAAUCACAAAGGGUCCCUUUAUUUUAUUUUUUUUAUUUUUAUUUUUUUUGCUGUGACCUUGCUACUUCCUCCUUCCGUCUUUCCCCACCACUCCCGUCUCAUGCACUUUGAACAUGGUCCAGCUUGGAAUUUUCCUAAUUCUCUCUCUUGUGUUUAAAAAAUAAAAAUCUAAUACUGCAUUUCUCGUUUGUCAGGUGAUUAGUGUUUCAUAGAAACAGCAAUUCUGUCCCCAAA